AUGGAUGAGGAGCAGAAAGUCAUGGUUGCUUCUCUUCACUUAGAAGGCAAAGUUGAUGUGUGGUUUCAUGACUAUCAAGAAAGUGGGGAGGUGUUCUUGUGGGGAGAAUUUUGCAGUGAUGUCAAUUUUAGGUUUCAAGAGCUCGGACAUGAUGAUGUGGUAGGGGAGUUCAACAAGCUUUGUCAAGAAGGCACUGUGCUGGAGUACCAAGAAAUUUUUGAGGAGCUCAAGGCCUUAAUGAUUACUAAGAAUAGAUACUUGAAUGAAGCCUAUUCCACUUCUAUCUUUGUCAGUGGACUCAAGGAAGAAAUCAAGAUGGCAGUCCAAAUGCAUUCACCCUCAACACUCACACAAGCCAUGUACUUAGCAAGGAUACAGGAAGCAGUAUUGGAGAGGACUUCUAGGAAGGCAAAAUUUGUUUCAAGACUUCCUCCAUUCUCAAUGGGUAGUAGCAGCUCUAAAAUCUUUGUGACUCCACCAAAAUCUAACACACCAUCACCCACCAGUAGUGGCAGCCUUAAACUACCCCCCAUUAAAAAGUUAACCUAUGCUCAAAUGAGGGCAAGAAGGGAGAAAGGUUUGUGUUAUAAUUGUGAUGAAAAGUAUGAUAAUGGACACAGGUGUAUUAAACAACAACUAUACAUGUUGGUUGGAGAUGAGGAAGGAUCAGCUAAUUCAGAAGAAGAAUCCCCUGGAAGUUCUCUAGUCAUACAAGAGCUAGAGGAAGAAGUGGAGAUUUCCCUACAUGCCUUAUCUGGUAAUGUUUCUCACAACAAAAUUAAAAUUAAAGGUGUUACUAAGAAUAAAAAGGAAUUCACUGUCUUGAUUGAUAGUGGAAGCACUCAUAGUUUCAUUGACCUUGAAAUGGCAAGACUCAGUGGAGCCUUGGUAGAACCCACUAUUGCUUUACAUGUAGCUGUGGCAGAUGGUAACAAUGUACUCAGUGAUGCCAAAUGUCCUCAGUUUAGCCGGAACAUGCAGCGAAAUAACUUCUCUUUUGAUGAUGACAGUGUCCUUCACACUGGGGGUAAGGAGAUUGAGCUUAAGGGGCUUACUGAAGACAUCAGAAAUUCAUCUAUGUCAGUAAGUGCUUAUCAUAAGUACUUCAAGAAGAACAAAAGAGGUAUGGCAGGGCAACUAUUUUGCAUAACAUCCAUAAAGCCCCUCCUUCAAACACCAGAAGUCCUAGAACCCAUACUCACCAAAUAUACUUCAAUAUUCAAAGAACCAACUUCAUUGCCACCUGAAAGAUCUCAUGACCAUCAUAUACCCCUACAAUCAAACUCUACACCACCUAACCAAAUGCCUUACAGAAUUCCCUAUGUUCAAAAGGAAGUGGUUGAAAAAAAAGUUAAUGAGAUCACUGUCAAGGACAAGUACCCCAUUCCAGUCAUUGAAGAACUGUUAGAUGAGUUAAAAGGGUCAUUUGUCUUUUCCAAAAUUGACUUGAGAGCAGGGUACCACCAGAUUAGGGUGUCACCUAAGGACACUCAGAAGACUACUUUCAAAACACAUCAAGGGAACUAUGAAUUCUUAGUCAUGCCUUUUGGAUUGACUAAUGCUCCGGCCAGUUUUCAAGCCUUGAUGAAUGAUGUGUUUAAACCCUACUUUAGGAAGUUCAUACUAGUGUUCUUUGAUGACAUACUAGUCUACAGUCCAAAUAUGGAGACUCAUCAAGAACAUCUACAACUUACUCUAGAAACUCUUCAGAAGAACCAACUAUAUGCAAAGCUCAGCAAAUGCUCAUUUGGCCAGGACAGGUUGGAGUACUUAGGGCACAUCAUAUCAGGUGAGGGGGUAGCUGCUGAUCCCACCAAGGUAGACUGCAUGGUGAAAUGGCCAACUCUUGUAACCAUUAAAGACCUAAUAGGGUUUUUAGGCCUAACAGGGCACUAUAGGAAGUUUGUGAGGAAUUUUGGACUCAUUUCCAAGCCAUUGACUGAUUUAUUGAAGAAGAAUUGUUUCCAGUGGAAUGACUCAGCUCAGCUAGCCUUUCAAAAGCUUAAGGAUGCUGUCACUUCUACACCAGUCUUGGUGUUGCCAAAUUUUAGCAAACCCUUUGAAAUCUCAACUGAUGCCUGUGAUACUGGAGUGGGAGCAGUGCUCACGCAAGGGGGAAGACCCAUAGCCUACUUCAGAAAAGGAAUGUGA